UAAACUUUGUCACUUGGAACGUACGUGUGAGAAACGACAGUAAUGAAGGGUUGCCAUUUGUUUUCGCUAACAGUGCUUGCAUUCGCAACACUGGCAGUGCUGCCAGAGACAGUGUUUGGCACAACGGAAGUACAAGAGACGCCAUUGGCAUUGCCAGUCGCUGAACAGACACAACCGACAACAGCUUCGCAGGGUGAGAUUUGGGAAGAAGACGACCAUGAAAUAUUAAUACGUAAUGAACGUGGCACAAAGAGCGAUGGCUUAUCGUGUCGUUAUGGUAAGAAUCCAUGGACUGAGUGCGAUACUAAAACCAAUACACGUUCACGAACGUUGACAUUGAAGAAGGGCGAUCCAGCUUGCGAUCAGACUCGAACCAUACAAAAGAAAUGCAAAAAAGGUUAG